AUGUUUCUACCCGCGCGUUUGGCUCUUUUGAGCCUUCUUUUUUUGAUGGUCUCUGGGCAGAGUAGUAAAGCCAGAGAUAGUCGUCCGCAGGGCAGGACUCUGGGUCUAUUGACACCUCUUUUACUGGGAGGUGGUAGACCACUCUUCGAUGUUCCCCUUGCUGUGGGACCACCUAUAAGACCUGGAGGAUCAUCUUCUGCCGGCGGUGGAGGCACCCAAUCGGAUUCUGUGGAUUCCUACUACGGCGGUGGUUAUCCUAGCUAUGGAUAUAGGCCCAACUAUGGAUAUGGGUAUCCCAGUUACGGUUACAACUAUGGAUAUCCUGGAUUGGGUUACGGUUAUGGUAACUACUACAGACCCAGCUACUACAACUACGGUGGAUACCAGAGACCGCAGUAUUAUGGAUACAGACCGAAUUAUAGUUCCAUUGGAGCCUCUUCAUCUGCUGGUUAUCCCUCGAAUGGAGGCUAUGGUAGUACAGCUAGCAUCUCAAGUUCUCCCUCCAAUCCCACAACACCGGGAAUUGGAGCAGGAUCUGGAACUGGUACCCCUCAGCUUUCCACCGCCCAGCAAGCCCAGUUAGCUGGUAUUUUGGGCCAGGCUCUCGGCAGUAGUCUGCGCCCCCUGCUCGCGAAUGGGGGCGGGGCAGCUGGAGCCUCAGGUGCCGGAGAAAAUCCACAAGCCCUAAGCGGUCUACUUAGUCUGCUCGGCUAG